AGAAGAAAGCAGCGAGCCUUAGAUUCGCAGCGGUUGCCCUCGCCCUCGCUCGGAGAAAGAGAGAGAGAGAGAGAGAGAGAGAGAGAUGGAGAGAGAAAGAGAGCAGCAGGUUUACUCGGCGAGGCUCGCAGAGCAAGCCGAGCGAUACGACGAGAUGGUUGAGUCAAUGAAGCAAGUGGCUAAGCUAGAUGUGGAACUGACUGUUGAGGAGAGAAAUCUGUUAUCUGUUGGGUACAAGAAUGUAAUUGGGGCCAGAAGGGCAUCAUGGCGGAUUUUAUCUUCCAUUGAACAGAAGGAGGAGGCCAAGGGUAACGAGCAGAAUGUGAAGAGGAUAAAGGACUACAGGCAAAGGGUUGAAGAUGAGCUCAUAAAGAUCUGCAAUGACAUACUCUCAGUCAUUGAUAAGCAUCUUAUCCCAUCCUCCUCAAGUGGAGAAUCAACUGUUUUCUACUAUAAGAUGAAAGGUGAUUAUUAUCGUUACCUUGCUGAAUUCAGGGCUGCUGAUGACCGCAAAGAAGCUGCUGAUCAGUCACUUAAGGCAUAUGAGGCUGCCACUUCCACUGCUUCAACAGAUUUGCCUCCAACUCACCCUAUCAGACUUGGACUGGCUUUGAAUUUCUCCGUCUUCUAUUAUGAGAUCAUGAACUCGCCAGAAAGGGCAUGUCAUCUGGCCAAGCAAGCUUUUGAUGAGGCUAUUGCAGAACUCGAUAGCCUCAAUGAAGAGUCCUAUAAGGACAGCACUCUCAUUAUGCAGCUUCUUAGGGAUAAUCUUACACUGUGGACCUCAGAUUUGCCUGAAGAAGGAGGUGAGCAAUCUAAAGUUGAUGAACCUCGGGCAGAGAGUUGAUUGGGCAAAGAGAUGAUUCCUGAUGAUUUCAAUUCUUUUGGGGACAUUGAGGCUGGCAAGGCCGGGAGUCAUUGUCUUAUGUGAUGGUGCAGCUUGUAGACUUGGUCUGUAUUUACUUAUUAAACAGAAUGCUUCUCCACGGUACUGUGUUGUUUGUGCUUGUGACUUGAUCGAAGUCUGCUAUCUUAUUUGAACAUGGAAGCCUUUUCUCA